GGCCCGGAGGCCCGCCCCGCCGCCGCCGCCGUCGCCAGCGCCGCACAUGCCGCCGCUUCUGGCUGCGGUGGCCCCGGUUCGCCUGAACGUGCGGCGGGGCGCCGGCCAUGGCGGCUGCUGCGGCGGGGACGCGCGUGUUCCUGGAGGUGCGGAGACGGCUGCAGAGCGCGCUGCUGAUCCUGGGGGAGCCUAAAGAAGGAGGUGUGCCUGUGGAUAUUUCUAUAGCGCCAUGCUCACUCCGGGUGAAGACCCCGGAAGGCUGCACAGAGCUCCGGCUUCCAGCAGAGGUCAGCCUCGUGCCUUCCUCCUGCCGCGGGCUGCAGUACGUCCCCGGAGAUGGACUGCACCUGCGUCUGCAGGUGCGGGCAGAAUCCGACGCCAAACUGAUUUCAAUGUUUAAUCAAAGCUCACAAGCCCACGGAUGUUGCACAUUUUAUUGCCAGUCCUGCGGUGAAGUCGUAAUAAGGGACAGAAAGCUCGUCAGGGUGCUCCCAUUGCCGAGUGAGAACUGGGGAGCUCUGGUUGAAGAAUGGUGUUGUCAUCCUGACCCCUUUGCUAAUAAGCCACUUCAUCCGCAAGAGAAUGACUGUUUUAUUGGAGACUCUUUCUUCUUGGUGAAUUUAAGAAGUGAUUUAUGGCAGCCAAGACCUGAAUCAGCCCCAGUGGAGACACACUGUCCUUCUUCUGAGAACCAUUUUAAAUUGAAACCAAAGGCAAAUACCAAAGUAAUUUGUAAGCGUUGCAAGGUGAUGUUGGGAGAGACCAUGUCAUCAGAAACCACCAAGUUUUAUAUGACGGAGAUAAUUAUUCAGCCAUCUGAAAGAAAUUUUUCCAUCAUACCAAGGUCUCAGUUUGUACAGAAUGUUGUCGCCCAGUGUCUGGUGGAACUCUCCGCUGCUAGAAGCACUUUUAGAUUCACUAUUCAAGGUCAUGAUGGCAAAGCAUACAUCUUGCUGUGGCUUUUAAACUCAGACAGCUUGGUGAUUGAAUCUUUGGGAAGUUCCAAAAGUAUCACAAAGUUCCCCCUAUUGGAAGAUACCUUGAAGGAAGAUUCCAGUUCUGCCUGGAAUGCUGUCAAGGUCCUCUACCAGCCAUGCAUCAAAAACAGGAAUGAAAAGCUUUCCAGUGCUUGGGAAAGUGACAUCAGCAUCCAUUCUCUAACCCUGCCUUCUGCAACCUGCCUGGAGCUGCUGCUGAUAUUAUCAAGGAAUAAUGCAACGCUGCCUCCAUCCCUUCGCUCUAUGAAUUCCUUUCAGGGUCCCCGGCUUGUCCUCUGACCCCCAGCAUUCCACAGGUUGAAGCUCAUGCCCUAGUCCAGACCUUCAAGGGUGAGCAGAGUCCUCUAGGAAACUCUUUCUUUAGCCCUGGCUUACCAGGGCGUUUCAGAAUUUCUUCCUGCCUCACAGGAUUCGGUUAUUCUCCUGACCAUUCAACUAUGUAUUUUAGGUUUAAAAAAUAUUUAUUCAUCAUUUUUAGUUUUUUAUACUGAGAGCUGCUUCUGACCUCAAGUCUACCAUAUUGGAAGAAAGAGAGUUAGAUUUUUUUUUUUUCUAAAAGAGAAUGUAAGUUUCAAAUUUUAUGCGGUAACUUCAGAAGUUUAACUUAUAGGUCAACUCAGUUUUCUAGAUCGCAAUCAUGAGCAGAGAAAUAUAUUAAAAAGAAGCAGUAACUACCAUUUUGGGUUUCUUAAUAGUGUAAAGGGCUCUAUGCUAAGUGCUUUGCAGGGAUGAUCUCAUUUAAUCCAUCACCAUUAUUCUAUAGGAUAGAUACUGUCAUUCCCAUAGUAAAGAUGAGGACACUGAAGGUUCAGGUGAUUUGCCCAAGGUCACACAACUAAUAGGUAAUUUAUAAUAUUGACCUUGGGUCAUCAAGAAAAGGUUAAAUUAUGCUUGAUGAAAUCUUUUUAGGCUUGGUGCAUUGCUAUUUUGAAAGACAGCAAAAUGUAAUAUAUCGUAAAUUUCCAUUUAAAUUGUGUUGUUGCAGAUCAGCAUGCUGUUAUCGUAUUAAAAAGAUAACCAUAUCAGAGAAAUACUGAAAGCAGUUCACCUUGCCUUCCUUACUCCUUUGCCUCCUCUAAGAAAAAUUACUCUUAAAAUACCUCCCAAGGAUUUUUUUUCUGGCUAUCAAAUCCCAAAACACAUUUGUCAGCUUGGAUGAGAAGAGAAACUUUGGCCAAGGACGUGAGAGAUUAAUUGCUAGAUGUGGAUACCUUUUGUUCCAUAAUUCAUCCCAAAGCACUUCUCUCUCAACUUCAGCCAACCGUUUGGUAUUUAGUUCUAGUGUUAAUAUAUACUUCCCUCUAUGGAAGUGUUUCUUAGAAAUUUAAAUGUUUUCCAGUUGAACGUUACUGUUAUGAAUCAGACUUGGAAAAUGUGGAAAAUUCCUUAGUACAAUAAUUUCAUGUGGUAGUGUUUGAAGUACUGUUUUCUCAGGUAGUGAGUGUUUUCAGUGAACCUUCUUUUUCAUGUGUGACACUGUUUCCUGUCUGCCAGUUAGGGGAGAAAUAUUGAGACAACAAUGUCUGUGUGUUUUUCUCAAGCAACUUUUCAUUCCCCUAAAGUAACCAGUCUCUGUCAGUCCAGGAAAAUCAAAAAAGAUUUCUGGUAAGACACUCUGCCCAAAUUCAAAAGUAGGCAGUUUCCCUGGAGUUCUGAUUCCCUCUGUGCCAGGCUAGUUCCAGAGACCCAUGCAUCCUUAUGAUCGCCCUCCCAGAUCUGCUACUUCUAAGGCCAGGCACUAAAAACAGAGCCACCCUUCUGGAACUUACCAACCCACCCCUCCCCUGACUUGCAUCCCAGGAAGCCUGCUUUGUCCUUGUGGGGUGGCCCCCUUCCCUCACCUCUGGAAGCUCCAGCCUCAAGGAGGGGUGAGGGAGGCCAGUAUUCAAACUCACUGGGGUCUUUCUGCCUUUCCUCUGCAUGGGGGAAAGGGAAGGAGAGUGAAAACUCUUGCAGUCAUUUGCAAAGGAAUCUGUAGCAGCAAAGAUGGUACGCUAGUUUAUGUCUCAUUAAGUCAUCCUAUUACACCAAACCUUAUGUUUCCACAGCACUGUAAUUAUCUAAGCUAAACUAGGAACCUAUUCUGGAAAAUGGUUUGGUUUUCUUUUCAACUUUUUCAUCGAGUAAAUUCAGGUAUGUUUCUUAGUACCUCUUGCCAUCAUUUUCUCAUUUGUAAAGUGACUUUAAGAACCUUGUAUCUUCACCAUAAAUCGUGCAUAUAAGUAGCCUAGAAUGCUCAGAUUUGUGAAGGGUUCCUGUGACAGUAAGAUCAGGACAUCAAGGUCUUUUGCUUGCUCUUUCUUUUUACUUCCCUAGGAGAAGGACCAAUGAGUAUCGUGCUUUCAGGGAUUAAAAGAUGCCACAAAGGCAGAUACAAAACUUGCCAAAACAAAGCAGUUAACUUCCUCUCCUCCUGCCUUUGGUGCUGCCAUUUGCACCAAGCCUGCCCUCCUUGCUUUCUUCCCUGUUGAGCUUCUGUAAUCUCUCAGGAGAAAGAGGACAUUCAUUUCCUUAUGAGAAUUGGAAAGUUCUCCAUGUGAAAUGUCAUUUUCGACAUCCUUUAGAAAAGGAGGCUCACGCAGGAUUUUUGAGGCAGAAGCUUAGCCUUUCCUUUGUUCUCCGCGUGGCCCCACAUACUCCUUCUCUACAGUCAGCCUUAAUCUGCAGAUUCAGUCUGUAGAAACCGGCUUUUAGUAAGCAGUGUCUGACUUCUAAUGAGAUGCUGCAAGUGCCGGAAGUGGGGUAGAUAAACUCAAAGGUUCCUUCUAAAGUGUAAUAAUCUAAAACUAAAUAAAGUUGGCCUCACGGGGUCUGGCUGAACACGCCCAGGCAUUACGUGAAUUGUUGCUGCAUCCAGAAGGGAGUGUACCUUCCGCUGACUUUCUUCAAGCAGCAGAUGGGACCUUGAUAAAUGUACUUUCCUUAUACUGAAGAUCAAGUCCAUUGUAUUUGUUGCUACUUAAAAGUUGUACUUGGAAUGUGUGUACUUAAAAGUUGUACUUGGAAUGUGUGUAGAUGUAGUUUGUAGUCAUUUUCUUAUAAGAGUACCAUUAAAUACAUCAGAUUUGUAUCUGCCUUCACCACCAGCACUGAAUUUAUCCAUCGCGAUGCUUAAAUAUCUCGAAUUCAUCUCAGUGUUCUGCUCAUCAGAGCUGAAUAAAAUAGCUAAACAAUUUGCCAGUUAGGAAUGUUUUCUGAAUGAUAAGAACCUUCGGAAACUAAAUGUAGUGUAUAUGUUGUGGUCCUCUAUCUCAUUAUCUUAAAGAUACUGUAGUAGUCUUUAAGAUGUAUUAAUAUGAAAAGUGGAAAAUUAUUACAUACUUGGAUAUCAGUAGAAUUUCUGCAGAAAUGUCUAUAUACUUUAUGAGCUUUGCUAUAUUUCAUAAUUGAACAAAGCAUCAUCAUAGGUGUGUUAACACAUUUAUAGAAUCUUGGAAAUAACAGGACUGAGGGGUUAGGAUCAAAGCCUGGGCUUAGAAAUCAGGUAGGUUUGGCGGGAAAUCUCUUUGUGUGCUGGCUGUAGGACCUCAGGCAGACGUGCCUCUGAGCCUUUGUUCGUUUAUCCAUAUGUUAAUUGUAUUAUUUACCUUAUGGGUAUUGUAAUGAUAAAGCCAGUGAAUAUAUUGAGGAAUACUUGGAAUAUAAUACAUGCUAAAUAAAUGGCUGUUGCUUUUAUCCCUGAGGCUAUUCCUUCUAUUUCUAAUUUUGAACAUCCACUUCUAUUACUGUGAGACACAUGGCCCCUUAUGUCGCAGCCCGGGGCUAUGUUAUCUGCGUUCCUCUAGUGCCACGAGCUAUGUUAUACGUUAUAGACCUCAUAUUGGCUGCUUACUGUAAAGGAUACCAGAGAAGGCAAUAAGAUUAACAUGUGUGUUUUUGCCACUCCCUGCUCUGGCUGCCACCACUUAGAAUGGCUAACAGCUGCUUAAAUGUAUGUCCAGGGUUUCCAGUGAGAUCACAAAUUUCUCAAAAACAGGAACAUUAUCUUAAAAAAAAUUUAUUUGAGAGAGAGGGAGAGCCGUGUAGGGGUGGUGGGGAGGGGAGAGGGAGAGAGAGAAUCCUAAGCAGGCUCCACACCCAGAGCGGAGCCCCACGCGGGGCCUGAUCUCAUGAUCAUGACCUGAGCCAAAAUCAAGAGUCAGAUGCUUAACCAACUCUGCCACCCAGGUGCCCCCAUUUUAUACUUUGAUAAUAUAAUUCGCAAUACCCAGAAAGUUGUUGGGUGUAGGCUCAGCUAUUCAAUGAGAGAAUAUCUUUGAAAAUCCUAAAUCUAGGAUGUACCAUAUCGACAAGUAGAAACAGCUACGGUUGUGGAGAGCAGGAGAGGUAAGUUGAUCCAGCUGAUCUCUCACUAUCCCUCCAACCCUGGGGCUCUCCCAGCCUUCGUAAACAUGUUAAAUGAAAGGCAAAACGCAAAACAAGAGAAGCAUCAAACCUCAAAUAAAAUGUCUUGUGGGAUGGCCAUUUUUCAAUAUGGUACUUAUUUUUGAAGUCAUGUAUUUAUAUGUGAAUUGUGUCUAAACUCAUACAGGCCCAGGCCGUGAUCUCGAUGUUUAUAACUCAAUCUGUAGGAGUGAUUGCUUUUGCCAAAAUACUCCUGCUAGCUGCUGCUAAUGUUAUAACUGGUUUUGUGAUUUCCUGUAAUCUCUUUUGCCAUAUUAUAGCUUAAGGUUAAUGCAACACAAACAGCAUUAUUUAAGCUUGUGUCUUAGGGGCAUGAAGUUCUAAUUUUGGGUGAAAAUGACCAAAUAUAUUGCUUUCUCAGCUUUAUUGCUUUUUGCUAGUUCUCAUUUUUCCCCACCCCAAGUUAUUGAACAUUCUAUAAAACUUAAAACUACUUGUUUCUAAAUAUAUACUCUCCACUCUUUAUUAUCUGAGAAAAAUGGAGGGGAGAGCUUUUCUCAGGUUAUAAAGAAAAAGGGGACAAUCCACUUGGGGUUUCUGAUAUAGCUAUAGCAGCACCUAGGCCUUUGGGAUGAAGGUCAUCCUGUGAGAAGCCAGGAGAAAGAAAAAAGUGAUUUCUCUUAUCCUUGUGGAGGGGAAGGAUGGACUUGGGUUCUUUUUUCCAGCCACUUUCAGUUUCUGUUCCUUAUUUUCUUUUCACUAGCAGGCGUUCAUGAAGAUGUGGGGAAGACAAGAGAUACCUUGAUUGUUAAACACGGAGGUAUAGAACAACAGAUACAGUCAGGGGGAGGGGCCUUUGGUGGAAUGUUGAAGAUUUUUUUUUUUUAAUGGGCAGAAGGCCACACCUUUGUUGAAGUAUUAUAGUAAAUAUGGUCCAACAGUGGCUUUCUUUCCCCCUACUGCCAGCAGCAGCAGCCUUCCCAUCAGCAAAUUGAGCAGAACACUAAUGUGGAAAGCAGGCAUAAAAUAAAGCCUCCCUUCAGGAAAGCAAGGUGGGACCACAGAGUUCGCUUUGCCAGCUAGCCUGUCCCUACCCCACAUCCUCCAUGUCUGCACUGGAAGCAUCCCAGCCUGCAGCAGCUUGGAAACCCUGCUCUUACUACUCUUGUCUCCACUGCACUUAGCUUUGUUUUGCUUGCUGAUACUUUUGAGACUAUGUUAAAGCUUUGGAUCUUAUUCCAAGAAAAGUGCACAUCCGCAAAGCACCUGGGUGGCCCAGUUGGUUAAGCGUCCGACUCUUGAUUUCGGCUCAGGGUCAUGAGGUCGAGCCCUACAUCAGGCUCCACAGU